AUGUCAAACUUGGUGGCAAGGAGCAAGAUGGCAAUAACAACGGCAUUUAGAAGAUAUAUGCCACAUAUACUCUCACAACGCUGCAAAGCCAGCUGCAGGAAUUAUGCCACUCCAUCCUCGAGGCCAGCUUCUCGCCUCGGCCCAACCCUAGAUCUAGAGACUUUCAUCCGAAGGUCAAAAGUCCUGUCUCUGUACCGCAGCUUCGUCAGGGCCACCCACAAGAUAGAAGACCCCCAAACCCGCAAGGAGACGUUGCAAUACUUUCGCGCAGAGUUUGAGAGCAACAGGGGCGUCACGGAUCCGUCACACGUGUCGCAUCUGUUGUCCAUGGGCAGGACCAUGUUGGGCAGCAUAGAGCGGUCGGUCAACCAAAGAUCAUCAUAG